GCGACCAGAAGCACCUGCAAUGCACGAUCUUCCCCGGGAUGUUCUGCCCUCAGUGCGACGCCAACGGGAACUUCCUGCCCCAGCAGUGCUCCGGUUCGACCGGAUACUGCUGGUGCGUGGAUAUAAUCACCGGAGAGGAGAUCCCCAAAACCAAGACCGCACCUGGAGUCAGGCCCAUUAACUGCGCACAGAAUUUGCGCUGCCCAUAUGGAUGGACCAGAUUCGGUCGUCGGUGUUUCCUCUUUAUCGACACCCCAAAGACAUGGCCUGAGGCUGAGUUUUACUGUCAGUUCGAAGAAGCAAACCUGGCGUCAGUCCACAGUUACGAAGAGAAUCGCUUCAUCCAAACUUUCACCAGAGGAGACACACACAGCUUCCCAGAAACCUGGAUUGGAGGAACUGAUGCUAUACAUCUUGAUUUCUGGAUGUGGUCCGACGGCUCCAAGUUCGACUAUGAGAACUGGUACAAUGACGACCACAACGAGACGGAAGAGCGCUGCCUGAAGAUGAAUUAUCACUAUACCCUGAAGUGGUCUGCUGCUCCCUGCGACCACUAUCUCCUUUUGUUUUGUUCCAAGGACAACUGAACGCAUCUUCAGAAAUUAAACCUGAGCAAAAACAAACCCGACCCGUGUCACUAACUGCGGUUCGAGAAGCACAGAAGCUGCCAUUUUUACCAAACACAUGCAAUUUUUGUUUGUUGUAUAAGAAAUAAAAGCAAAGAAAUAAAACCAAUAAAAUUAAAUAAAGCA